CCAUUUUUCCCCUAGUGCGAGAGAGAUGUUAGAAAUUUUAGAAAGGUUCCAAAGUCCAGAGCUCCAAGUGUAAAACUGGUUGCCAAUUCAGCUAGUCCCUAAUCGGUGACCAUAAACCCUACUUCACAGUUCUAAAACUAGUAACUACUCUCCCUAUCUCUCUCUCACAGUUAGUUUCAAGCUUUGCGCUGUUUCAGAAACCUCUGUGAAAGAUUUAAUUGAUAUGCUUAUGUAGAAUUGAAUUACAAGUUGUUAAUGAAGGGUUCAAUCUCAAGAAGCAAUAUAACAUCAAAGCUGAAGCUUGCAAGAAACAAGAAACCAUCAUCCAGAUUUUUCUCAUCAUCUACAUUAUCUCUUCGUGAGAAGGAAGAGGAUAAGGAUAUCAUUUAUUCUAAAUUUGGUCUUUUGUCAGAACCCAAGUCGAAAAGAAUUGAUUUUUUGAUUCCUGAAUAUCAGAAUCCAGAGGCAAAAUGUGUCUGGAGCUUGGGUUGUAGUACUAGGUUUAUUACUGAUUUGAGUCAGGUUAGUGUUCUUGGUGUUCUCAAUGAUCUUUUUGGGGAGAGUUUUAAUGCUGCAUUUGCUCUUUACUUCUUUAGGUUGUCUCAGUGUUGCUCUGGGUUGGAGCAUACAAUUCGAUCACUAUGUAGAUUGAUACAUAUUUUGGUUUAUGGAAAGAGGAAUUAUAGAGUGAUGGACUUGAUUCUAUUUCUUGUGAGAAAUAUUGGUGGAGCAGUUGGUGAGGAGGAAUUGUGUGAUUUACUUUUCAAAUUGGUAUAUGAUACUGGGUUCGGAACUAAGGAUUUGGAAACUGUAUACAGUAUGCUUGUUGACUGUUAUGUUACUGAGAGCAAAGUGAGUUUGGCUCUUAACUUGAUACAUGAAAUUAAGUUACUUAACAUCUUUCCUUCAAUGGGGGUUUGUAAUUCACUGCUGAAGGCAUUAUUGAGAUCGCAUCAGUUGGACUUGGCAUGGGAUAUAUUAGAAGGAAUGCAGAGCUUCGGGAUGCAUUUGAAUGCAUCUAUCCUUAGCUUAUUCAUUGAAAGCUAUUGUGCUGAAGGUAAUAUACAAAGUGGUUGGAAAAUUCUUAUGGAAAUGAAGAACUAUGGCAUUAAGGCUGAUGUAAUUGCAUACACAAUUGUGAUUGAUGCACUUUGUAAAAUUUCUUGUGUGAAAGUGGCUACUUCUUUGUUGUUUAAAAUGAUCCACUGUGGAAUUUCGGUGGAUUCAGUCUCAGUUUCUUCAGUUAUUGAUGGUUAUUGUAAGAAGGGAAGAUCAGAUAAAGCAAUAAAUCUUCUAAAUUUCUUCAACGUUAGACCUAAUAUUUUUGUGUAUAGCAGCUUUAUGACAAAGUUAUGCAAAGAUGGUAACAUGCUUGAAGCCUCAAAAACUUUUCAGGAAAUGUCCGAGUUUGGCCUGUAUCCAGAUUGUUUUUGUUAUACUAUUAUAAUCGGGGGUUACUGUAAAGUAGGAGACAUAAAUAAAGCUUUUCAAUAUCUAGGGGAAAUGUUGAAGUUUGGGAUCACACCAUCUGUGACUACAUAUACAUUACUUAUCAAUGCCUGUUGUAAGUCCGGAGACAUGGCAAUGGCAGAGUAUUUAUUGCAAAGGAUGAUGCUUGAGGGCUUGAUACCUGAUGUUGUUACAUUCAACUGUCUAAUUGAUGGCUUUGGAAAGAAGGGGUAUUUGCAAAAGGCCUUUGAGCUUUUGGAUAUUAUGAGAUCUGCUGGCAUGUCUCCUGAUACUGUGACCUAUAAUGCUCUCAUUCACAGUCUUAUUGCAAGAGGAUAUCCGAAUGAGGCAAAAGAUAUAUUACAUGAGCUUAUUAGGAGGGGUUUGUCGCCAGAUGUGAUGACUUUCACUGAUGUCAUAGAUGGAUUUUCAAAGAAGGGGAACUUUGAGGAAGCAUUUCUAGUAUGGUCCUACAUGAGUGAGCGCCAUGUGAAACCUGAUGUUGUGACGUGCAGUGCUUUACUUAAUGGAUAUUGUAGGGCGCGCCGUAUGGAUGAAGCUAAUGCUCUAUUUCUUAAGAUGCUUGAUGCUGGACUCAAACCAGAUUUGGUAUUAUAUAACAAUCUCAUACAUGGAUUUUGUAGUGCUGGCAAUAUGAAUGCUGCAUGCAACUUGGUAGCUAUGAUGAUUGAUGAUGGUUUUCUCCCCAAUAUUACUACCCAUCGGGCAUUUGCACUUGGGUUUGAGAAGAAGUGGGUGAAAAAUCCUGAGCUACAUGCAUCUUUGAAACUGAAACAGAUUCUGCUGACACAUAGUACUUGUCUUGAUGUCGAUGAGCAUCUAGCAAUGAUGCAGCAACCUCUCAGCUAAGAUGUUGCGAUUUCUGUAUAGAGUUCAACUUCGAAGCUGCCUAUGUGUUGAAACUUCAGCACCUCUUGAGAUAUGGUUUGCAGGGUGAUGCUAAUCAGAGCUAUUAUACAACAACCUUUCAACUGAGGUGCUGCUUGCUAUCCUGGGGUAGGAGUCUAAGUCAGUUUCACCAUCAGAACAUGGAGCCUAUAGCCACCAGUUUGCUAAAACAGAGAACUUAUAAUGUGGAAAUUUUCUCGUCAAUUAGUAGUUGUGGAUGAAUUUUAACUAUGGCAAGCCGUAUUCUUGGGUGGUGCAGUUUCGUCCAUGUUUCACAUUGUCAUGUCAUCCAUGGCUAAAAGAUCAAAAUUAUCCAAGUCUGGUGGAUGAGGUGCAUAUUAAUUAUACUUGUUGAGAGAGAUUAUUGCAUUCAUUUCUUUUUCUGCUGCUGCUUCUCCCUUUUGGAGUGGGGUUGACUGUUGAGGGCGCAAGUAAGCAGGAGAUUGAGCAGCAAGGAUGCUGGUGAUACUUGGAUGGGAGAGAUUCCCUUCUACUUUAGAAGAUUGUGGUGGGAUAGGAACUAUCUAGGCUUGUGCUUGUUAAUAUUGCCACAGCUCUGGAUUAUAGUAUGUAUAUUAUUUGUAUAAUUAUUUUGUUAAUAACCAAAUUAGCUUGUAAUCUUUUAUCAAUUAUUUUUUUCC